AUGGACCAGAAAAUGAAAAGGCCAAGCAAACAUCAAAGCCCAAAUAGCAAGGCCAAGAAGAAAGGCCCACUCAAAGUUGUGUACAUAACAAAUCCUAUCAAGUUCAACGCCACCGCCUCCGAAUUCCGGGCCCUGGUCCAGGAACUCACGGGCCGAGACUCCGACCCGCCGGAUUCAACCGGGUUCGGGCCGGGUCGAGAUGGGUCGGUCAAGGCUGCGGUGGGAAUCGAGGCGAAGACGGGCGACGGGUUUUUUGAUGGGGCGCAAAACGUGCUGGAUCCAUUUGGGUUUGGGCUUUGCGGCCCGGUACAGAUGGUGGAUAGCUUUCAGGGGCUAAUGGCUUCUGGGUUUUGGAAUCAAGGUGCUGAUUUUGGUAUUGAUGACGGGUUCAAAUAA